GUUAGAGCUAAGGGAUCUCUCUCUAGUAUCCUAAUUGACCUUCUCACUUGCUCUUCAAAGCCUUUUCCUCUAGUGUUUGUAAUUUUGCAAACAACAGCAUCAAUGGAUGAGAAGAUGAGUUGGGCGGUGUCAGAUGCCGUGGAUUACAAGGGAUUUCCUGCAGACAGAUCCAAGACUGGUGGUUGGGUGCCUGCAGCUCUUAUAUUAGGUAUUGAAAUAUGCGAGAGGCUGUCGACAAUGGGGAUCGCCGUGAAUCUGGUGACGUACUUGGUCGGCACAAUGCAUGUCCCCAGCGCAGAGUCGGCCAACGUCGUCACAGACUUCAUGGGCACAUCUUUUCUCCUCUGCUUGCUCGGUGGAUUCAUUGCAGAUUCAUUCCUUGGGAGAUAUCUCACUAUCGCCAUUUUUGCCGGUCGUACAAUGGCUUAGGCAACAGGAAUGCUAGCAGUCGCAACAAAGCUGGCCGCAGCUCGGCACCACCAUGCACCGGGUCGACAGCGCAGUUGCUAAGCCAAGGCAACCGGUUUCCAAAUGGGCAUCCUGUACAUGAGCUUAUAUCUCAUAGCUUUGGGCACCGGAGGCCUGAAAUCGAGCGUCUCGGGGUUCGGCACCGACCAAUUUGAUGAGAAGGACCCAAAGGAGAAAACCAAAAUGACGUACUUCUUCAGCAGGUUCUUCUUCUUCAUCAGCAUGGGCACUCUCCUCGCCGUGACCGUGCUCGUCUACAUUCAGGAUGAGGUCGGCCGAAGCUGGGCUUACGGAAUCUGCUGCAUCUCAAUGGUGCUUGCCAUACUCGUGUUUCUCUCAGGUACGAAGAGGUACAGGUACAAAAAGAGUGUCGGAAGCCCUGUAGUCCACAUCCUGCAGGUUAUUGCAGCCGCCAUAAAGAAGAGAAAGCUCAAGUAUCCAGCAAAUGUUGGUUACCUGUAUGAAGAUCUCCCUGAGGGUUCAAGAAUCCAUCACACUGAUCAGUACUGUUUCCUCGACAAGGCUGCGAUUGUGGAAGAAGGCGACUUUGACGGGCCUCACGGGGAGAGCAUGAGCCCAAACCCCUGGGAGCUGUGCUCGGUGACCAAGAUCGAGGAGGUGAAGAUGAUGAUCAGGCUGCUUCCUGUAUGGGCUACAACGAUCCUGUUCUGGACUACGUACGCUCAAAUGAUCACCUUCUCGGUGGAGCAGGCAACGACCAUGCAUCGUUCGAUAGGGAGCUUUCGGAUUCCUGCAGGAUCUUUAACCGUCUUCUUCGUCGGUGCAAUACUCAUCUCUCUAGCCGUAUAUGAUCGUGUGAUCAUGCCCUUGAUGAAGAAGUGGAAAGGCAAACAAGGCUUCAGCGACCUGCAAAAGAUCGGAAUCGGGCUGACUCUCUCGCUGAUAGGAAUGGUGGCAGCAGCGAUAGCAGAAGCAAGGAGGCUAGCCGUUGCAAAGCAUCAUGGGGCUACUGAUACUCUGCCCAUCACUGUCUUCACUCUAAUCCCCCAAUUUUUCUUGGUAGGUGCGGGUGAGGCCUUCAUAUACACAGGCCAGCUCGACUUCUUCCUUACUCGAUCACCAAAGGGGAUGAAAACCAUGAGCACAGGGCUUUUCUUGACCACACUCUCGCUUGGUUUCUUCUUCAGCAGUGCACUUGUUACAAUUGUGAAGGGUGCAACUGCAGGAGGUGGAGAUGGACAGGGAUGGCUCGCUGAUGAUAUUAAUCUCGGGAGGCUCGAUCUCUUCUACUGGCUUCUUGUAGUUCUUUGUGCAGUGAAUUUGGUAGCUUACCUUAUAACCGCAGCCUGGAUCAAGCCACAGACACCUAAAGACAAUGUGGAGACCAUGAUGAUAAGCUUACCUGCAGAAGAAAAAUGCUAGGGUAAAGGGAGAGAAAACAAUUACAUUUUUUGAUGUAAUUGUUACAUAAUGGACUGAGUCGAGGGGUAAGUGAAAAUAAUAACUAGCAGCAAAAGCUUGGAGCUUAGGCUCCAGGCUGAUGUUUAAUGUACAGUUGUGAAAAUGUUUGCUUUAAGUUAAUUGAUUGGGGGUUUGGGUUUA